UCUUUCUCUCUCUCUCUCUGUCAUGUCUUUUUUUCGCCGUCAUGCUGUCUGUCGUUUUCUCUUGGCCAAGUUCUUCAACCUUUUCAUGUAAAGGCUAACGACUGGACAUACCUACCUAAGUAUCCAAGAUGAAACCACUACCAACCUCUCCCUUGCUUUCAAUACCCUCCUGUUUUCUAUUACUAACGUUUCUUAUCCUCCCGGCCCCCAGCGAAGCAACCCCCCAGUUUCUCCCACAUUCUUUUUUUCCUCAACACCAACCCCGGCCGCAGUCCCUACCACGGGCAUUACUCCAUCAACUCCUCCCAAUAUCAGCACCACCCCGGCCCCUUCCACCAUUGAGCUUCCUCUCACAGACAGAUAUUGUUGUCUCUGGACAACAACGCCAAGACUUAUCACUACCCCACACAACAACAACAACAACAACAACAACAGACCUGAUCGCUCAACUGAGCGAGAACAUACCCUUGUGCGCGCUGGGUUGCGUGGUGGAGCUUACCAAUGUGACGAAAGAGUGUCUGGAUGGGAAGAGAGGGAUGGGGGAGGAGGAUCAGGUGUGCUUGUGCUCGGAUGAUGAGGGUCAUUAUACGAGGGUGUUGGGGUGUGUAAGGAGGCGGUGUACGAUGGAGGAGGGUAUUGGUUAGUUUUCUUCCCCUUUCUAGUGUUUUGUUCACUUGACUUCUUUUGUUUGGCUCGGCUGAUACCUCGCUGCUCGCUCGUGCUCGCACUGACAACGACAACAACAACAAGAGACUGCCCGCGGCGCCUGGGAAGCCUGCGGGAAGCCUCAACGAUCCCGAAAGAUACACCUGCUGGUGCCGCUGUCGGUUGAGAUACUGGCUUUGGUGUGUGUUUUGCUCCGGUUGUACUCACGGUGGUGGAUGGGCGGGAAAUUCGAGGUGGACGAUUGGGUUAUGAUGAUUGUUGUGGGACUCUACAUCGGUUUCGAAGCCGUAGGCUGCACCGCCGCCGGCGCCGCCUUCGGAGUGGACAUCUGGACCGUCGACGCCAACGCCCUCGGCACCGCCCUCAAGCUCUUCUACAUGGCCGAAACUUUCUACCUCGUCAUCCUAGCCCUCACCAAAAUCUCCAUCCUCUGCUUCUACCUCCGCAUCUUCCCCCAACCCCACUUCCGCACCAUCACCCUCGUCGUCAUGACCUGGGUCGGCCUCUCAGGCCUGAUCUUUGUUUUCUGUCAAAUCUUCCAAUGCGCCCCCAUCUCCUUCAUCUGGGAAGGCUGGCGAAAAGGUGAAUUCGGCCCUUUUUCCUGCCUCAACAUCAACGCGCUGGGGUACACCACCGCCGCGUUCAGCAUCGCGCAGGACAUUGUUAUCCUUGUCAUGCCGCUUCCGCUGUUGAUCAAACUAAAUGUGAAUGUCCGGUCCAAAAUCUGCAUCAUCGUCAUGUUCUCGCUUGGGAUUUUUGCGCUUAUUACGAGCUGUGUGAGGUUGUGGGCUUUGUAUGAUUUUGGGGAUAGUGUUAAUCCGACGUGGGAUUAUACGAAUGCGUUGAUCUGGACUGGGUUGGAGGUGGGGGUUAGCAUUAUUGUUACUUCUCUUCCUGCGAUUAGGGUGCUGCUGGGUAGGAGGGGCAGGGGGGGCGGCGGCGGGUUGUUUGGUGGUGGUGGUGGUGGUGGUGGUUGGUCGAGGGACAUGGCGUCGAGAGGGACCACGUCAAGUUUUGGGAACACGACUACUGUUGUGGCGAGCCGGCAUACUAUGCCGCCUCAUCUGAAGAGGAUUAGUAGCGUGAGUAGGAUUAGUUCUAUUAGGGUUGGGGAGGAGGAUACUGGGAAAGGAAGAGGGGAUGAUGUGGAAAGGGGCAGGGGAUUGGAGGAUUUGGAUGGAGGUAAAGCUGAACUGGAGGAUGUGAUGGCGGGGGGCAACGGGGGGUUGCAAGAGGAGGGGUUGAGGAGGCCGUGGAGUGAUGUUAGUGUUGGGAAUAGUACUGUUGUUGGAAGCGAAAGUGAUUUUGAGCAGGGGGUGGAUAUUAGUGACCUAGGGUGGCCGUUUAUGAAUAAGGCUGUUUUGGCGGGGGCUGGGGGAGUAGGGGGGCAGAGAUUGAGUCAUAUGCCGAGUAUUGAUGAGGUUUUGACGUAUAGUGGUAGUAAUUGGCGGGGGAUUGGACCGAGGUCGCAGGGGAGUCAGGGGAGUAGGUUGUCGAAUAAUUGGAGUUAUGAUUCAGAGGGGUCGGGGAAUAGUAUGUUGACUUUUAGUUGGGAGGAGAAUACGAGUGGAGGAUGGGAGAGUUGGAAUUGGCAAGGGAGUUGGAGUGGGAGUGGGAGUGUUGGUGGCGUUUGGUGGAGGGGGAGUAUGAUUGAAAAUGGGAAUGGUAGUAGGAGUAGGAGUGGGAGUGGGGGUCAUGAGGAGGAGGAGGAUAGUAUGUUGGGUGGGCAGAGCAAGAAACGGUCAGGGUCGGAGAGGGGCUAG